CAAGUUUAUGGUGAUUUACAGUGAGGUUAGUGGAUUGUGUAUGUAAGACAGUCUUAAUUAAUUAAUAAAGUUUAAUUAUUAGUGUUCAUCAGUUGUAUGUGUGAAAAAUCAGUGAAUAUUUUUGAAAAAGAAAUUUUAGAAAAAUGAAACAAUAUGUUUUCUCAGUGUACAAAUAAAAUUAAUAAUACGGGAAAAUUUUGGAUUCGUGUUAAUCAGAAAAUGAUACCUCGUAUAUAAUGUUUUAGUCUUACGAAAAAUUAGUGGAGAAAAAUUGAAAGUGCUUAAUUUUUUUUUAAGAUAAAAAAGAAACGUACAUGAAGUUGUUAAAAAUGCAAUCCGAAAGUAAUCUCAUUAACGAUAUUCCUCAACCAGGAUUGAAGCAAGUAAAAGUAGAUAACUGGGGAACGUUUUUUCUUCAAAGACUUCAACAAUUGUAUUUUGAAGAACAAUUACUUGAUCUUACUAUUAAAUUUCCCACCAGUGAUAUUACUGUACAGGCCCAUCGUCUUGUAAUCACAACAUGUACAGAUUAUUUCACACAACUUGAACAGCAACAAAUUCAAAAUAAUCAUUCGUAUGAUGGUAUUCUUAUAAUGCCACCAGAUAUGCCAUACGAAUGCGUCAAAUCAAUUAUAAGUUUUAUGUACACUGGACAAUUGGAGUAUUGGACUUCAGAACAAAAUGCUUUAUAUCGUACUGCACAGAAAAUGAAAAUGACCGUUUUGACGAAAUUACUUGACGCACAAUCAUGCUCGAGCAAUCCACAAAUAAAUGUACAAUCAAAUGAAAACAGUCCUGUUAUUGGAGCUUAUAAAGAAAAUUCACGUGCGAAAAAAUUCAAGUCUGAUCAUCAUAGUUCCUCAUUACCAACGCAAGUUUUACCUGGAAGAAAGCUUCCUAUUUGGAAAAGAAAAUUGGAUACAAGUUCAGAUGUGAUGCAAACAAAUUAUGAUUUGGGAUCGUUUCGUGGAUCAUCAUUGAGUCAUCAAGUUGAAACAACAUCCGGUCCAUCGCGAUUCGAUCUUCCUGAAGUUGAGGACUAUGCUCUCGGUGUAUUCUCAUCAUUUGACGAUAUCACAUACGAUACAAAACCAAUUGUUCAAGCUCCCGAAAAUAGUAAUAACGCAAAUUCGAAUGCAAACGAUUUAGAUGAAGAUCGAAGAAAUUCAAUUGUCAGUGAAAUUGUAAACAAACAAAGGAAUUCCAAUGAUUUUUCAGAUGAUGAAUGGACAGGACCAAAGUCAAUAAUGAAACAACAGGAGGAUGAAUCGUCAUCAUCGUCAUCGAAAAAAGUGCGUUUUGAUUUUGAGGAAAAGGAGAAUAUUGAUAAAACCCAGUGUAUAUCGGGCACAGCAAAUCCCGCCGAUUCAAUUGAUAAUCAUGCAAAAAUCAUUAAGGAAGUUUUAAAGAAAUAUCCACAUUUAGUGAAAAAUAAUAAAAAUAUCCGUUUGAAAAUAAUGCAAAAAGAAUCGAAAUCAUCAAAACCAAGUGUUUCGGCAAAGACAAAAGUAUCUUACGUUGUUUUAAAAUCUGAUAAUUUAAUGAGCAAAGCCGAUGAAUCACGUUCGGAGAAUGCCGAUGGCGCCGAAAUUGGACCAUGGAAAUGUGGAAAAUGUGAUCUCGAGGAGGAAUAUACAAAUUAUUACAUGUACAGAAGACAUAUGCAAGAUGUACAUGAACAAAAAUUUGAUCCUCGCGUAUGUGAACAUUGUGGUUAUAAAGCGACAAAAAGAAAUAUUUUAAUGUAUCAUCUUUAUACUAAACAUAAUGUGCCUCCACCGAAAAAUAUGUGCUUUCCCAAAUGUCAUGCAUGUUCUUAUGUUGCACUUUCUGAAACUUUAUUAGUGAGACAUCAAAUUAAUCACAAACAUCGUCCAUCAAAUAUGAAUCAAUCGUCAUCGACAACAGAUGCAAUUCAUUGUAUGCAAUGUUCACAAACAUUUAAAGAUGUCGCUGAACUUGCGAGUCAUGAAAUAAAUACUGGACAUGGUACAAAUAAUGAUAAGGAAAAAACACAUCGUUGUCCACAUUGUGGCAAGACAUUUGUUCGUUUAACAAAUUUACAUGUUCAUCUUGAUUGUGCUCAUAAAGAAUUACGCGAUAUUAAUACACAAAUUGAUUUACCAUUAAAACCAUCAACAGAAGCCGAGGCAUUGAGUACUGUUGUCAGUGGUAUUGCAACAUCAUUGGGGGUCAAUGAUCAGGAACAAGCACAAAUGGUUGUGAGAACUGAAGCCACUGAAUAUAUUGUACCUGAAGUUGAAAAUGCAAAUUCACAGGAUUAUCAGGGACAACAAAUGUUGAUGUUAAUUGAUGGCGAUAAUUAUGAACAGGAGGAUGAUAAUCGUGAACAAAAUACAGAUGGCGAUAUGAUUGUUUAUAUACAGGAGAAUGAUGAGCAACAUGAAAAACGUAGUUAUACUACGUAUCAUUCAAUGGAAAUGAUUCCAUGUCAAGAGGAAAUAGUUGAGGAAGUUGUUGAAGAAUUGGAAGAAUUAGAAGAAGAGGAAGUUAUUGAAGGUCAUUCGAAUAUAAUAAAUGAACAAAGUGAUAGUCAUAUGGAAGAUGAGAUACAAUAUGUUGAGGAGGAAACAGAAAUUGUUGAAUAUAAUGAGGAUAAUGCUCCAAAUAGCGAUAAUAUUGAUUCACAAGAGGCAAUAAUGAUUAUUGAGGAAGAACAAUUAGAUGAGGAGAAUGAUAAAAAUGACAAGUACAAUGAUAAAACCAUCACUUCCGAAUGGAAUGUUGAUAAGCAAAUUACCUGAAAUAGCCUUUUUUUCUUUUAAUAUAAAUAAAGAAAUAAAAAUUGGGGGCGGUAAAAAUUCUUAUCAAAUUCGUUCAUAUUCAAGAUUUAUCGUCGAAAAUUAUUAGACUAUUUUUUUUUCUUCUCAUGAUAGGAAAACAAUUUUAAAUGUAAAAAAUAAAACUAAUAUUUUAAUUAAAAACUUUGCAUUCAAAAAUAUAAAAUGGAAAAAAAUUUGUUUUUAUAUUUUUCACAUUUAAAAUUGUUUUCCAUUCAUAAGAAACGGAAUGAACUGAGAAUAAUUAAUUACCGACGGUAAGUAAAUGACAAUUUUUUCAAAUUUUCAUUUUCCAUAAUUAUUAUUAUGUCAUAUAUCCAAUAGCUUAUGAUAGAAUUUAAUCGUUUUUCUUUUUUACCAAUUGUAAUUAUUUACUUUAAUUUUAUUUAUGAGUAUUUAUUAGUUUAGUAGGAUUAUUAAUAAAUUUAUAAAAUUCCGUAUGGUGAAGAAAUAAGAUAUUAAAAAUAUUUAUUAGUUUAUAAAAAUUUCUGAAAUUAACAUUAUAAUUAAUUUUUUAAUUAUGGAAAUUUUGAUAUAGUAUCAUCUUUUUUUAAUAUUAAUCAUUUAAUUAAUAAAUUUUUGACAGAGAAUUAAAAAAUUAAUAAUAAUAAUAAAAUAGAAAAAUUGAUCGAUCUUUAGUUAAAAUAAAAAGUUGUUUUAAAUAAGAAUGUACCGACAACUAUGGCCUAACUGUAUUUAAUUAUGUCAAUUAUUCUACAAUUAAAAAAUAAAUUAUACAACAAAUUAAUUUAAAAUAAUUAACUAUUAAUUAUUUUUAAUUAAUUUUAAAUUCAGAAAUUUAGUUAAAUUUAAGUAGAAUAAUUAAAAUAAAAGUUAUAAAUAAAAAAAACACAUUAAAUCAAAAAAAAAAAAAUAUUACAAUUGGAAAAAAUAAAAAAUGAAUAAUGGUUACACUCAUUGGAUUUUUGGUAAAAUAAAAAUUAUACGUUACAUGAAAAUUUGAAAAAGUUCAGUCGUCCUGGAGCAAUUGUUUCGUGAACGAAAAAUAUCUUUUCAUCACGUGUUCGUUUAACUAUAAAAAAAAAAAAAACAUUUUUUUUAUCCUGUACAGAAAGAAUUCUUUAUAAAUAGAGAACUUUUUUCUACGAAUUUCAAGUUAUUAAUCACAAUUUUGCACAUUUCAUUUCGUAUUUAUACAAAUGUUCAUUAUUUAAAAAGUUUCAAAAGAUAACAAACAAAAAAACCAGAAAAUUGACCAAAUCGAAUGAUUUAAUCUUUUUGAAGGUUUAACUUGCCACAUUUAAAUAGAUUGUAAUGUAGGACUCAAAAUAUAUAAAUUGUUUAAGUAUGUUCGAUCCAUUGAUAUAAAACAUAUUGAAGUUUACUUUUCAAUUUUUUUUUUUUCAUUUAUAAUACUUUUGUUUAAUGUAUUAAUUGCUCUGCAAAUAAAGUCAUAAUAUUGGAAUAUUAA